AUGAUUUUGGAGAAGAUUUCUCAAAAUCGUGCACUAAAAACAGUGAUUGUGGUCGAGAUGAAUUUUGUGAUGAAGUCGUACCAAGAGAUGAAAAGAACGAUCUGUCGGAUAACGUGGGAUAUCACCCGAAGAUGUGCUUUCCUUGUAGCUCCAAAAUGUGCAGGCAGAGCAGUUAGGAACGACGAGUCUUUAGGACUCAAAUUCUGCGAAAGUCUUAGCGAAUGUGGGCCUAACGAAUUUUGCGAUACAGAUACGCAUGCAAAUGCGAAGCCGGACGUAAUAACAAAUUUGGGUAUUUGCUGCCAAUAUGAUUGCAGCAAAGAGGCUAUAGCAUCACAGAAAAUGGCUGAUACAAGUCAAAAAGCUUUCGCUAUUGUGACUAGUAAAUCGGAGCAGUGUAGCGGGGAUCAUAGCUGUAGUGAUAGCGGUGGUCUAUGUAUAAAUGCGUCGGACCAAAGCGAAGCUAAUUAUCCCCAAUUUAAGAACGCAACUACCUAUCGGCUUUGCUGCUCUUUUCAAGCAAAGGAAACUGGAGACCUCUAUCCCUGCAAAUACGGAGAUGCUCUGAGCAGUGGCGAGACCAUCAUAACAUGUACGACAGAUAACGAAUGCAAUAGAGGUCAAGCGGAUAGCGUUGCAAAAUGUCCUGAUGAAUACACGUAUAUGAGGACGGAGUUAGAAUGCGAAAAACCUCGAGACUGCAUGAAAGGCCAAGUAGAUGAAAGUGGUGCAGAGGAACGUGCUCUAUGUGCUGAAUAUUUUGAGAGAAAUGUUGCGCAGAAAAAACGAUGCUGUCCAAUUGGCCAGAAUGUGAAAGCUUAUUGUACUAGGAGAAAGUGCUCUACACUUUCUGAUUGUAAUGCGGGUCAAUACUGUGAACCCUCGAAGAAAGUCUGUUGCUAUAUUGGUGAAAUGAAAUUAGAUGGUUCACAGCAUGAAAAGGGUGAAAUCUGCCAAGGUCCAUGUUCUGACAAAGAGGUUUUUGGUAAAAAAAUUCCGCGAUAUUGUGUUAGGUUAAAGAGCGAUGAAGAAAGCGGACUUUGUUUCGUUUCACCUUAUCUUCGUGUCAAAGAUCGUGAUCGAACUGUGAAUCCGGUGUACAAAGCAGUAUUUAUAAUAUCAGUAAUCCUCACAGUGGUAUUCGCAUUCCUAGCCGUGAUUAUGUUCGUAAACUAUCGUUCGAAGAACUUCUGCGAUAAAUACACGCCAAAAAAGAAGGUAAUCUAAAU